GGUCUUCGCUGUGACGCUAUUCGCCUGCGCCUGCGGGGGCUGUCGAGGUUCCGAAAGGACUAGCCUGGGACUGUGGUGGGGUCUGUGCGGCGUGAAACUAGAGCAGCUCCUCGUGGUCUGCGGCCUGUGAGCAAAGAGGAAGGCGGCGAGAUGACGGACCGCUACACCAUCCACAGCCAACUGGAGCACCUGCAGUCCAAGUACAUCGGCACCGGCCACGCCGACACCACCAAGUGGGAGUGGCUGGUGAACCAGCACCGCGACUCCUACUGCUCCUACAUGGGCCACUUCGACCUUCUCAACUACUUCGCCAUUGCGGAGAACGAGAGCAAAGCGCGAGUUCGCUUCAAUUUGAUGGAGAAGAUGCUGCAGCCUUGCGGGCCUCCUGCCGACAAGCCGGAGGAGAACUGAGUUCCGGUUUUUCGUCACCGCCGUGCGGAAACACCUCUCCCUGAGUUCUUCGCGUUUGUCGUCCUUCCCGCGCGUUCCUGCCCCAAGUGGACUGAUUUACCAGGGCUCUUGCUUCUCGUUCUUUCUCUGUUCAGAUGUGGUUCCCUGGGGGCGUGUGGGGAACCCGCCAGACCUGCCUUCCUAUGGAGCCUUCGGAACACAGCGUUGGAAUCCCGUCGGGACAUCUAAGAACUGUGACGGUGCAGAGGUCCCAAAGCCAGCGAGCGUUCGGGAAGACGGCACUGGAGGGAGACUGGAGUUGGAGGCCCGUUUUUGGCUAGUUGUUUGUCGUUGCUGCUUUUUCCAUAAAGUUUAGAAAUGUUUCA